UUCCACACUGCUUCAUAUGUUACUCUUACCACAGUUAACCUGACUGCCUAAUAAAACAUGAUCAAUGUGGUAAGAACUGACCAGGUUCCUAGAGAGCAACAUGUAUCACAUCAGUACCCAGAAGAAACACUGGACCUUUCAAAGCGAAGAUGACCCGCACCGAUUGAGAGUUCAGGCGAACGCCCGCUGUAAGGCUAAGAUACGAGCUGCUGGGAAGACCCAGUUAGCCGAGGUUUUUAGUCUUGAGCCGCAUGAAGAACUUAUUAUUUGCAAAUAUUAUGAGAAACGUUUACUGGACUUUUGCAAUGCUUUCAAACCAGUAAUGCCAAAAUCUGUACUGGGAACAGCAUGUAUGUAUUUUAAAAGAUUCUUCCUCAAUAAUUCAAUCAUGGAACAUCAUCCACGGAUAAUAAUGCUCACUUGUGCUUUCCUGGCCUGCAAAGUAGAUGAAUUCAAUGUAUCCAGUGCUCAGUUUGUUGCAAACUUAGGUGAAAAUCCAGUGGGACAGGAGAAGGUCCUUGAACAGAUCCUGGAAUAUGAAUUACUACUGAUACAGCAGUUGAAUUUUCAUCUUAUAGUGCACAAUCCAUACAGACCCUUUGAAGGAUAUCUAAUUGAUUUAAAGACGCGAUAUCCAGUGCUGGAGAGUCCAGAAAUAUUGAGAAAAUCUGCAGAUGACUUCCUGAAUCGAGUUGCUUUGACAGAUGCAUGUUUAUUAUUCACACCAUCGAUGAUUGCUCUCACAGCAAUACUAUCUAGUGCCUCCAGAGCAGGAAUAAAUAUGGAAAGUUACUUAGCAGAAUGCCUCUCGUUAAAAGAAAACCGUGAAGCAAUGUCACAUUUACUAGAUGGGAUGAGAAGACUAAAAAUAUUGAUAACAAAAUAUGAGUCUCCAAGACCUGAAGAUGUUGCAGUCCUUAAAAUGAAGUUGGAAAAAUGCCAUAGUAGUGAAUUUUCAUUGAGUGUACAUUUACGGAAGAGAAAAGGUUAUGAGGAUGAUGACUAUAUAUCUAAAAAACCUAAAAUGGAAGAGGAUGAAUGGACUGAUGAAGAUUUGAUUUGAUUCUCUAUAACUGACUCAAAGUUCAAUUCCAGCAUAUUAUCAAGAUAAACUUCUACUUAUAAGACUUUAGAAUAUAAAUAAAAAUGUUGCUUUUUGUCUGUGAAAUAUUUUAAAAAGUUGAGGAAUGUGUAAUAUAUGUACUGUACAUAGUUUGUAACGUGACAUACAACUAUUUAUUGCCACACGAUUUUCUAAAGAUGUAAAGGGGCAUUAAAACGAAUUAUAAAA